UAACGUUCUUUCCUGUUACUUUUUAUCCCCCCGUUAUACUGUCGAGAAGAGAGUUAACCUUCUAAGCCCAGUGGCCGAAUUGACUUUCGCCUGUAAAAUUAUUUGUUAUCGGUUAAUUUGUCCACCAUGCUUCGUCAGGCGAGCAAUUUGGUCUCGUUGACUGCGCCAGCAGUUCAACAACAGCAUCAACGUGGUAUGGCAACUUUGAAAGCUAUUUCCAUUCGUCUUAAGUCGGUAAAAAACAUCCAGAAAAUUACUCAGUCCAUGAAGAUGGUGUCAGCAGCUAAAUACAAUCAUGCUGAACGUGAUUUGAAACAAGCAAGACCUCUAGGUCAAGGAACUAAAAUCUUCUAUGAGCAAGCUGAAAUUCAAGCACCUGAAUCAGAACCUAAACAAUUGGUAAUUGCUGUCACAAGUGAUCGAGGUUUGUGUGGUGCUGUACACAGCGGUGUGUCACGUAAUAUUCGUGAUAAAUUAUUAGCUGAUUCAAAUCUUCGUGAGAAUACUAAAAUAAUAUGCAUUGGUGACAAAUCACGAGCAAUUUUGUCACGGCUAUUUGCUAAAAAUAUUCUCUUUGUCGCAAGUGAAGUUGGCCGUAAGCCUCCAACUUUUACUGAUGCUUCCAAAGUAGCAAAUAUGGUCAUGAAUUCCGGGUACACCUUUGGAUCUGGACGCAUAGUUUACAACAGAUUUAGGUCAGUAGUUUCGUACGUUGUCGAUCAAUUACCCCUGUUCGACAAAUCUGCUGUAACGAGUGCUCCAAAAUUAUGUGUCUACGAUUCUCUCGAUGAGGAUGUAAUCCAAAGCUAUUUGGAAUUUUCUCUUGCCUCAUUGUUAUUCUACGCGAUGAAAGAAGGUGCAUGCAGCGAACAAUCCAGCAGAAUGACUGCUAUGGAUAACGCCAGUAAGAAUGCUGGUGAAAUGAUUGAUAAACUUACUUUAACAUUCAAUCGUACUCGCCAAGCUGUUAUUACUAGAGAACUUAUUGAAAUUAUUUCUGGAGCUGCCGCUUUGGAUUAAAUAUCUCUUCAUUUGGAAAUACAAUUGUAUAGUCAGCGAAGUUGGCAAGUGAUUAUUAUUCACUAUUAAUAAUCUUAAAUAUUAUAAAAUUAAAACACAAAAUUAAAAAAAAACCAUUCGUCAUUUUGUUUUUGUUUAAUCCUUUGAUUUUUUAUUUGUUUUUAUAAAACGUUUUGUUAACUUCGCUUUAUAUACAACAUAUAGAUUAUUAUAGGAUUUAAUAACCUAUCAGAUAAUAGUAAUGUAAGUGUCAAUGACUUACCAAGUUUGAGAAUACUUAAGGUAAAAGCCCCAAUAUAUCUAUAUUCACAAAUAUAGAUAUACAAAUACAUGGAGUGAUCAUAUACUGGUACAUGAUCAUCUAUUAGGGCUUUUUACCUUACUCCUAUUACAUGAAAAAACUGUCGGUUGUUGAAUGUAAUAUAAUAAAAAAAACCGAUACAAAACAAAAAA